AUGCAGGCCACAGACCCCGCGGCCGAGCUCUGCGAGGAGGACGGCGGAGACCUGGACUUCUACGACUUCGAGCCGCUCCCCACUCUGCCGGAGGACGAGGAGAACGUGUCUCUGGCCGACAUCCUCUCCCUGCGGGACAGCGGCCUCAGCGAGCAGGAGGCCUGGGCCGUGUGCCUGGAGUGCAGCCUGUCCAUGCGCAGCGUGGCGCACGCGGCCAUCUUCCAGACGCUGUGCAUCACGCCCGACACCCUGGCCUUCAACACCAGUGGGAACGUGUGCUUCAUGGAGCAGCUCAGCGAUGACCCCGAGGGUGCCUUUGUCCCCCCCGAGUUCGAUGUGACCGGAAACACCUUUGAGGCUCACAUCUACUCCCUGGGGGCCACGCUGAAGGUGGCCCUGGAGUACGUGGCGGAGCCCACGCUGGAGCCCAGGCUGAGCCGGGACCUGGAGGCGCUGCUGGGUCAGAUGCAGGCGGAGAACCCCGGGGACCGGCCAGACCUGGAGAGCAUCAUCGCGCUGUGCGAGGAGAAGAUGCAGCUCACGUCCUCCUGCCGCCUGUGCCGCAGCCUCUCGGCCGUGGGGAGGAGGGUGCUCUCCAUCGAGUCCUUCGGAGCACUGCAGGAUGUCGGGGAGACCACCUGGAGGGAGAAACCUGCUCCGAGAAGCGCAGGGCCCAGGAGGCCACCCGGAGACCGUGGCGCUGACCCAGAGCCCCUGCCGCAGCGCCGCCCCCCUGCAGGCCCAGAGCCGGAGACCAGCCCCAGACCCUCGCCGCCCAAGCCCCUGCUGUUCCCCUCUAUGAGGAACGGGGAAGGCCACACCCGGGGGGGCCUGGCCAGCCUCUUCCUGGACACCAGGGGCCCCCUGGGCGAGCUGGAUAGAGACCUGCUCAAGAGGGGCCGUCUGAGGAAAGUGCAGACCUUCCCCAGGCUCCUGCCCGACGGGCCCGAGGCCACCGCCCUCCCCCUGACGCUGACUGGCUCGAAAAACCAGCUGUUCGCAUCUGAACUCUUCCCUCUGGACCCCAAGAAGGUUUUUCUGGAUGGGGAAAACGGCCCUUCCCGCUCCAAGGCACAGCCCAAACGCAGACUGUGGCCCGAGCCGGAGCCCAAGCCCCAGCCGGGAGGGGCUCCCCGCGCGGGCCUCAGCGGGGCCGGGGGCCCGGGGGCUCCCCAGGCUUCACGCCCCGGCCAGGAGCUGGCAGAAGACAGACCCCUGCCCUGUCCCAUAGACCCUCGAGAGGCAGAACCUGAAGGCCGGACACCCGGAGGGGACGAGGAGAUUCCGGAAGGAGCCGGGCAGCCGGCAGGCGCAGCCGUGGAGCAGCGGGUGUCCCUGCAGGACCUCCUGUCCCAGCUGGGCCGGCCCCUCCGGGAGUACGAGCUGUGGGCCCUCUGCCUCGCCUGCCUGGGCACGCUGCGGACGCUCCCCGAGCACCCAGCCUACCUGUGUCUGGACUCCGUGCUGGUCGCUGAGGACGGCGCUGUGCUCCUCGAGCCGCCCCCUGCCGACGGCUCUUACGACUCAUUCUUCCUGGCUCCCGAGGUGGCAGAGGAGCGGCUGGUGACUGAGAAGGCCUCCGUGUACUGUGUGGCUGCCGUCCUGUGGACAGCAGCCAAGUUCAGCGUCCCGCGUGACCACAAGCUGGCCCUGCCGCGCAGGCUCAAGACCCUCCUCCUAGACAUGGCCCGGCGCAGCACCCUGGAGCGGCCAUCCGCGGCUGAGGCCAUCAAGGUGUGCAGCGGUUACCUGCUCCAGCGGGGCAUGGACAGCAGGAAGGUCCUGGCCCACCUGCGGGCGUCCACCUGCGAGGUUUGCCAGGAGGAGCAGAGCAUCGGUCUCCAGAAGGCUUUCUCGGUGGUCGAGCUGAAGCCCAGCGCGGCGCCCGCUCCGGAGCCCGCCCCAGGCUUCGCGCCGGUCAGCAGCGAUGCCAGACUUGUGGCCGUGCCAGGGCCUGUGCCUAGCCGUCCCCCGAGCUGCAAAGGAGCCACCCAGCUGCCAGCUGCCCUCACCUCUGCAGCCACUCACUUUAGGCCCAUCGUCCUCCCACAGGACACAAGUGUCCCCAGGGACCAGCUUUCUGAGAGCCUGGGGCCAGCGGAGAGCGGGGAGGAGGGGAACAGCCGGCCGCAGGGCGAUGGAGAGGGGAAGGGCCACCCCAAGUCCCCCACUGGAGACAGCCUGGAGGCGCCUGGCCCAGGGCCCCAGGGAGCAGCCCCGGAACCUCUGGGGGAGCCGGUGCUUCCGGACUGGGCCCAGGGGCACCCCCAUACCCUGGUCCCCGAGAACCAGCUGGAGGGGGCCUCACUGGUGACUCCUGGCUCCGCUGCCCCCACCCUGCCCCUGAAGCCAUCGGUGCCGCCCCCACAGCAAGGGACCGAUGGGCAGAUCCCACCUGCAGCCAUUUCUGGGGGCCUCGGGCCCUGCCCCCCGCUUAAGCCGCCCCGGAGCAAGGCCACCGAUCGCUCCAGCCAGGAGCCAGAGGGCCCCCGACCACCCUCCCGGGGCACCUCCCUGGCCGGGGGGCGCGCAGACAACCCCGGGAGCUCCCCGGUCAGAGAUCGUGGUGACGGCGUCCCGGAGAGGCCCCAGCCAGCAGACCGCAAGCUCUGCCUGCCCGGCGUGGACGCCUCACCGCUUGCGCAGAGGGCGGCCUGCCCGGCGCUGCAGGAGGCCACGCGCCUGAUCCAGGAGGAGUUUGCCGUCGACGGCUACCUUGACAACGGGCUGGAGGCCCUGAUCAUGGGGGAGCACAUCCUCGCCUUGAAAGAUCUCACCUUCGCCACCUUCUGUGGCGCCGUCUCCGAGAAGUUCUGCGACCUCUGCUGGGAGGAGAAGCUGCUGCGGAGCCUCUUCAGCGUGGUGAACGGGCGCACCUCGCCCGGGAGCGCUUCCGCGGAGGCUGGGCCGCAGCCCGAGCGCAGGCUGAGUGGCUGCUCACCGUCCAGCCAGAGGCCCUCGCUGCCCGGCCCGGGAAGGGAAAAGCCCGCCGCGGCCAGGACCAGCAGAGCCCCCAGCUUGGCCCCCUCCCUGCCGGACGCCGACUCAGACGAGCUCUCACAGGGGAACUUCGAGGUGGGGUUUCGGCCUCAGAAGUCCACGAGAGCGGAGAGGGAGCAGCAGCCCGAGGACGGCCGGCCAGCCUGGGGGGCCUCAGACGCGGAGGCAGCGGCCCAACUAGCCAGGCCCGGGGAGGGCGGCCCGGCGGUGUCUCCCGGCCCAGCUGGGGUCCAGAGCUGCAACCCCGGCUGGUCCAGCGCCUUCUACGAGGCCGACUGCUUCGGGGCGGACGUGCACAACUAUGCGAAGGCCCUGGGGCGGCCCGCGGCCGGCGGGCACUCACAGCUGGACACCCAGGCCCCGGAGCUGGAGCAGCAGCUCGUGAUAGAGCAGAGAAACUACCGCAAGACGCUGAAGUUCUACCAGAAGCUCCUCCAGAAGGAAAAGCGCAACAAAGGCUCCGAGGUCAAGACCAUGCUGUGCAAGCUGCGGGGGCAGCUGGAGGAGAUGAAGUCCAGGGUGCAGUUCCUGGGCCUGGUCAAGAAGUACCUGCAGGUCCUGUACGCGGAGCGCUGGGGCCUGGAGCCCUGCGCCCUGCCAGUGAUCGUGAACAUCGCGGCGGCCCCCUGCGACACGCUGGACUUCAGCCCGCUGGACGAGUCCUCUUCCCUCAUCUUCUACAACGUCAACAAGCACCCGGGCGGUGGCCGGCAGAGGAAAGCGCGCGUCCUGCAGGCGGGCACGCCGCUGGGGCUCAUGGCCUACCUGUACUCCAGCGACGCCUUCCUGGAGGGCUACGUGCAGCAGUUCCUCUACACCUUCCGCUACUUCUGCACGCCGCACGACUUCCUGCACUUCCUGCUGGACCGCAUCGGCAGCACGCUGUCCAGGGCGCAGCAGGACCCCACCUCGACCUUCACCAAGAUCUACAAGCGGAGCCUCUGCGUCCUGCAGGCCUGGGUGGAGGACUGCUACGCUGUGGACUUCACCAGGAACACGGGGCUGCUGGGCCGGCUGGAAGACUUCCUCUCCUCCAAGAUCCUGCCCCUGGACGGCUCUGCCGAGCACCUGCUGGGCCUCCUGGAAGUGCGCACGGACCGGCGGGCCGAAGGCGCCCCUCGAGGCGCGGACCUGGAGGACCCCAAAGAGGCCGAGGAGGACACCAGACCCUUUAACGCCUUCUGUAAGAGGCUCUCAGAGGACGGCAUUUCCCGGAAGAGCUUCCCCUGGAGGCUGCCCCGGGGCAACGGGCUGGUGCUGCCUCAGCACAAGGAGCGGCCGUACACCAUCGCCGCCGCCCUGCCCAAGCCCUGCUUCCUCGAGGACUUCUACGGCCCCUGCGCCAGGACCAGCGAGAAGGGGCCCUACUUCCUGACGGAGUACAGCACACACCAGCUCUUCAGUCAGCUGACGCUGCUGCAGCAGGAAUUGUUUCAAAAGUGCCAUCCUGUCCACUUCCUGAACUCACGGGCCCUGGGAGUCGUGGACAAAAGCACAGCCUUCCCCAAAUCCAGCUCCUCCGAGUCUCUGUCGGCCAAAACCUGCAGCUUAUUUCUGCCCAAUUACGUCCAGGACAAGUACCUGCUACAGCUUUUAAGAAACGCCGACGAUGUCAGCACCUGGGUGGCUGCCGAAAUCGUGACCAGCCACACCUCCAAGCUGCAAGUGAACUUGCUGUCCAAAUUUUUGCUGAUUGCGAAAUCUUGCUACGAGCAGAGGAACUUUGCGACGGCCAUGCAGAUCCUGGGUGGGCUGGAGCACCUGGCCGUGAGGCAGUCCCCUGCCUGGAGAAUUCUCCCUGCAAAGAUGGCAGAGAUCCUGGAGGAGCUGAAAGCCGUGGAGGUCUUCCUGAAGAGCGACAGCCUGUGUCUGAUGGAGGGGCGGCGCUUCCGGGCCCAGCCCACCCUGCCCUCGGCCCGCCUCCUGGCCAUGCACAUCCAGCAGCUGGAGACAGGGGGCUUCACCAUGACCAACGGGGCCCACAGGUGGGGCAAGCUCAGAAACAUAGCCAAGGUGGUGAGCCAGGUGCACGCCUUCCAGGAAAACCCCUACACCUUCAGCCCCGACCCCAAGCUCCAGUCGUACCUCAAGCAAAGGAUCGCGCGUUUCAGCGGAGCCGACAUCUCCACCUUAGCCGCGGACAGCAGGGCCAACUUCCACCCGGUCUCCAGUGAGAAACACUCGCGCAAGAUCCAGGACAAGCUGCGGAGGAUGAAAGCCACGUUCCAGUGAGCGAGCUCACGGCUGGGUGUGGAAUUCCAGA